UUCUUUUUCCCUUUUUCCCUUUUUUUCUUCCUAAUUUGCCUAUUUUUUUUCUGCACUGGCGAUGAGAAAACCACUAUCAUUUCUUAUAGCAGCUUCUCUGUUUGGUCUUGAGGCAAUAGCUAUUACACCACAAGGACGCUAUGGCGGAGAUAGCAUUUUGCUGAACAAGAAAUUAUAUUACUUUGGCGGUGGGACGACUGCAGGCAAUGACACGUCGACUCUACAGGACUUGAUAUAUCUCGAUAUUACGGAAUCAUUUGACGUCAACACGGCACUUUCAUCCUGGAAACAGGAACCAGUUACCGGCGACCUUCGUGCCGAGCCGAACUAUCUGUAUGCCAUGGGAGUCAUCCCUCAAGAAAACUCUAUCAUGAUUUACGGUGGUGAGGGAUACAACUCUGGUACACAACAGCUUCUUCAAAAUUCGGUGGUGCUUUAUAAUGCAACUUCUAGAACGUGGCAAAAUCUUGCAGAGCCUCAGCCACGUUUAAAACAAGCUUUCGCAGGCACUCUCUCACGUGGUGAUGAUCAUAAAGCAUACUUGUUUGGCGGGCGCAGUUUGGACAGCAGUGUAUUCCCACCGUUCAAUAGAGAUAUGUGGAUAUAUGAUUUUAUUACAUCUUCUUGGAGCGCAGCUGCAGCAUUACCAGACAACAUUGGCGUUCGUUUUCGCACUCCCACCACUUUGGCAGGAAAUGAUUUAUAUUACAUCGGAGGCAUGACAGCAAAUUAUACGAAUACGUCAAUUACCAAUGAUAAUGUCAUGGUUCCAAUGACCGAUAUCUUAAUCUAUCACAUUGAUGACAGUACCUGGGAAAUGAAAACUGCUACAGGCGAUAUCCCAUCGACGCGGAUCAUGCAUACAAUUGCAGCAAAGCCUAAUGCGCAGGACAUCUUACUGUUCGGUGGAAAGUAUAAUAUAAGCACGAACGUUCCUAUCAGUGGUGCUACCUGCUACGUAUUACACACCGAUUCGUUGAUAUGGGAGAAAAAAAAUCCUGUUGGAGUAGGCCCAAAGGGACUUUAUGGACAUGCCUCUGUUUUCGCCGACUACAGCUCUUUGCUGUUCAUCAUGUUUGGUGUAAAUUCAACUGGACAAGCAGAUAGUGCUUUUCACGUCUUGAACACGGAGACGUGGACCUGGGAUUCCAAUUACCUUUCGUCAUAUCCCAGUCAAGGCAAUGAUAAUGGUGCUGGCAGCAAUAGAUCACUAUCGGGUGGUGCUAUUGCUGGUAUAGUUAUUGGAUGCUUAGCUGCUUUAAAGAACCGUUUUCUAACUUCCCUCUCUCACUUCUGUAUAUAACAACAUAGGCGGCUAUUGGCCGUUUGUUGUUCUUCUUAAUUCGAAGGCGCCAGAAUGGUAAAACGGAGGAGCUCGCUGCUGGUGGACGCAUUGCAAAUGCUAACAGUACCCCUACCACUGAUGCCGGUAUCCGUGCUGGUGGUGGUUUUAAACCAGAAGAUUAUCACGACGGAGUGCCCCAUGCCACAUUGUCUCCUUUGCUUCCCGAGGAAACGGCACCACCAUACCGUGCACAGGUACCUGAUGAGAUAGAUCAGCCACCAACAACCGUUUCAUUAUCCAUGCAAGAAACAGGCGGAGGUCCAACGGCACCAAGAUUCCAAAAUAUUAAACCGGUAAAGCCGGAUGGGGAGUAGAGAAUCCUAUCAAAAAUAGUAUUAUUGUACGAUCUAUCGUUAUCGUUAUUGUUUAUCAUCAGCAUCAUCAUUCUUAAUUACAGCAGCACAUAUCGUGCAUAAUUACUUGAGUAAAAGUACAAUAAAAUAUACUCGCAAA